AUGGCCGAUACUGUGAAUGCACUGACCGCUGCUGUCAACAGCACCCUAGCCAAGCUUACCGCCGGAGAUGACAUCGCGGAUGCAGAUCGGUACCAGCUUCUGGAUGCCAUCGACAAGCUCCGCGUUGCCGUGGAACCACCUCUCCUCACCGUUCGCAAUCUUUGCUUUGGUCACCAUGGCCUAGUUGCCAUUCGGGUCGCCAUGGGAAUGGGUAUAUUCGAUGCGUUUGCCUCGGCCAAGACCGGCGAAAUGAGCGCUGAUGCCCUGGAUGAGAACACCAAGGGGGACAAAGCCCUCUUAGUGCGUAUCAUGCGGGUGCUGUGUGCGAACCACGUCUUCGAAGAGACGGGGGUGGAGAAAUACCGGGCGCUGCCGCUAGCGACCAUGUUCGCUUCUGGUAGUCCGCCCAGUGAGGUCAUCAAACAUUUCCAUUCGGACAUGAAGGCUUCGGUACACUCCUAUGACUAUUUCGAGGCAAGGGGAUACCGUAACCCUCAAGAUGCCUACGACACGACCUUCCAGCUUGCCUUUGGGACAAAGGAACAUUACUUUGAGUGGAUACAGCACAACCCGGAGGAGCUGCAUGCCUUCAAUACAGUGAUGGAGAUUGGCAAUCGCUCAUUGGAAGGUGUGCAAUGGUAUGACUACUACCCAUGGCAGGAGAAGCUGGUCACUACCAGUGGCCCAAACCGUGUCCUCCUGGUGGACAUCGGCGGUGGCAAGGGCCACGACCUUUCCGGCUUCAAGCGCAAGCAUCCCGAGAUAAGAGACCAGCUAAUCGUGCAGGAUCUUCCAAAGGUCAUUGAGGACAUCCAAGAGCCGCUCAUUGAAGGUGUGAAAGCCAUGGGCCAUAACAUGUUUGACCCACAACCCAUUAAAGGGGCGAAAGCAUACUAUAUGCGAACUGUCUUACACGAUUGGCCCGAUAAACAGGCCCUGGAGGUUCUUAGGCGUGUUCAUGAUGCCAUGGCCGCCGACUCAGUGCUACUGAUCAAUGAGAAUGUCCUGCCCGAGAUGAAUGCACCCGGGUUUUCAUCCUCAAUGGAUAUCAUUAUGAUGGAGCUCUAUGGAUCACUGGAACGGACAGAGAGGCAGUGGCUGGGACUAUUGGAGAAGGCUGAAUUCAGGGUAGUCAAAGUAUGGCGGUCGGGCUUUCAGGGAACUGGAUCCAAUGCGUUAUUCGAGGCGGUGCCUGUUUGAUAGGGGAGGGAUCUUAUGUUUGGAUAACACAUCUGGAAUUCGGGCGGCUGGCGGUUGUUGAGGAGCAGAGAGAAUUUUUUUGAAUCGGUCCCUGCCAUACAGGAUUUGUGAUCCUCUCCAUAAAAGCUUAUGUGGCGGCGCCCGUUUUCGAAUUGCUGCG